AAAAGGUAUUGAAAAAUAUGUUAAAAAUUAAACACAUUGAUAAAUAAAGUAUACAUAUUUGAAAUGUCUUUGUCAGUAGAAUUAUUAAAGCACCUAAAUACAAACGAAGAACCUUUAUCUAAACGUUUAAAAUUAGCAGAAAAUGCAUUUUGUGCCAUUAAUGUACCAAUAAUACAUAAAGAUGACCUUAUUCUACAAUGGCUUUGUAGUGUGCAUUCUAUGGAUCCAAAUGUUUGGAAUUCGUUAAAAAAUUGCUUGAAAAUACAGUAUUUAAAUAUUAAGAAUAGUAUAAUAAAAAUACUGAUAAAAAUAUUAAUUGAAACAUUUCAACAAAAUGUAAAGCAUAUACAUCAGGAUGUGUUUGAAUGCUGUAGUUUAUUAACUUCCAAUAAUAGGAUUCAACAAUAUUUUAUAAAUAAGCCCGAAGAUUUAGGACUUCUCACAAAAUCUUUAUUAGAAUGUACAAAUAAAAUUUUUAAACAUGCCUUUAGCAUUAAAGAGUCAUCAAAGGAAGGAAUAAAAGUUUCAUUAAUUAAUAAAAGUGAUGAAUUAAUAUUGGUAGCAUAUAACACUGUAAUUACUGUUAUAGAAAAUAUAAUACAAAUUUACAAGUCUGCUUUUGUUGCAAAAGAUAAUUUAAAAACCAUAUUUAUACAUGAUAUUUUAUAUCCUUUAUGUGUUAUAAUUGACCUUAAUUGUAAUGAUAAUACUAAUAGACUAGGUUCAAUAGCACAUAAAUGCAUUCAACAAUUAAUAUUUGGAAGAAAACAUAUUCAAAGUACAGAAUUACUAAGAAAUGAGGAUAUAACACAUUUUAACAAUUUAUUGUCUAUUCUGACAGAAAAUGCAAAAAUAAAAGAUUUUGACAGUAAUUUAAAAACAUUUAUUUUUCUGUUUCGUGUUGCUAUAAGUACUUUUAGAUCAAACACUAUUGUGUUAGAUAUAAUAUUAAGAGAAUUAGUAGAAUGUUCUGGAAUGUAUAGAAGAAAAAUAUUGAGUGUUCUUUUAAAAUGUGCAGAUGACAUAAGAUUUGAUUUUGAUAAUAAAGUACAUGAUGUAACAUUAUUUGAUUAUUGUCAAAAUAUAGUUGAUGAUAUUUUAAUGAGGAAAAAUAUGAGUAGUACCAGCUAUGAUCUUUUGGUACAGUUUUGUUAUUUUAAUCCUCUUGUAAUUGAGAAAAGAAUUCAAGAUAUAUUGAAAAAAAUGUUUGUAGAAAAAUCAAUAUUAAAACAUAGAUAUCUAAUGAUUUCUAUUUUGGAUGCUUCUAUAUAUUUAAGGCAAGAGGAAAAAUUAAUUUCAGCAAUAUUGAUAACUUUAAAAGACAGUUUAUAUCAUAUAUCCACUCUUGAAAAUGAUAUGUUUUUCUCAAAUGAGUUCAAAAAAAGAUUGACAGAAGCAGUAAACAAUAUUACAAAUUCACAAAUUGUUUUUAUAUUAACAACAUUGACAUACCAUUUAAAGACUGAUUGCUUGGAGAUACUACAAUCUACUAAUACCAGCACAAAUAAUUUAAUGUUACAAACAAUAGUUGAAUUACUUAUUACAGUUCUCAGUGGUAUAUGCAUUUUUGAAUAUAGUGGAUCAUCUCCUUCCUAUAAAAAAUUUAUAACUUCUUUUGAUGAUCUAAAAAAUGUCCUGUUGCUUUUAAUAGAUAAAACAUUAUAUUUAAAUCGUAAUGAAGAAAUUAUAAUAUUAUUACCUGCAAUAUUUGCAUGGAAUGAAACUCAAAGAGCAUUGAAAUAUUAUGUUCCAAGUAUCAUUUCAGAAGAUUUAGGAUUACCACUAUCAGAAAAUCAAUGGCAGCAAUUAAUUAAAAAAGUUAAAGAAUUACAAAAUGAGAAUUAUAAAAAUAAUAUGAAUAAGCUUAUCUUACAACAAACAAAAAUGUUACAAAAUAGAUUGAACAAAUCUAUGAUGCUUAAGAAUUUGAUAGGUGAUUUGGAGCAUUAUUGGAGUGUAAUAUUAAAAUGUGAUACAGAAGUAAUAUCAUCUUUGAGUAAUAAACAAGUAUCAAAAUUGACACAUUUAUUAUUAACAGAUAUGAUUUCUAAUGUAGAUAAUUUUAAUGAAUGGGUAAAAGUAUUGCAUAAAAAUGAUUUACAAGAAAACAAAAGAUUGAUAAUAUUCUUACUAACUUGUAUUUUUACACAAAUUGGACAUUUAGCAACAGAGGGUGUAACAAACUCUAUCAGUAAAUAUUUUAAUGCAGAACUUUUAUUUGAAGUUGAAAUUGUUAAAUGUGAAAAAAUAAAUAACAUAUUAAUGUCUAUAAAAGAAGAAUUAUUAAUAAGUAAAUGGACACAAAUACAAAGUACACUUUUGUGUAAAAUUAGAACAUGUUUAGAGGUGUUAUUACAUUUGCCAUUGAUAUUUUUGAGUACUAACUUGAGAUUAAUAACAUUUAUAUUCAUAUUCACUCUUCAAAUGGAAUGUAAUCAAUGUAAUGAAAUGGUCUUUUUAUGCAAUACAAUAUUUUCAGAUCUCUUGGAAAAAUCUAAUCUUGAUGUAUUCCAAUAUAUAGAUCCAUUUUUAUUAUUACAGCUGUUACCACAAAAUAAAACAUUCCAAAAAGUACUGGAACCAUUUUUUAAGGAUUGUUCAUAUAAAAGUUUGAAAAAAUGUAUAAGAUCUUCUACUCAUUCAAAUAAGAAUAUGUUUUUAUUAUUAAAAUCUAUGGAACAUAUUAAAACAAAAUUAAAUAUCAAUCAAAAGACAAUAAUUAAAAAAGCAGAAGAAAAAUUAAUGAAAAUUAUAAUAAAAAAUAUAUCUUUUAACGAGACAGAUGAUACAAAAAUAUUAAAUUUGAUAUUAAAAGUUAGUAUUAAGAAUGAGAAUAUUGAUGAAAAAUUAAAGAAAAUAGCAGAAUCAGCCAUUCAAGAAAUAUUUAUGAAUGAUCAAAAUAAAAUUGGAAAUGAAUUAUUGCAAGAUGGUUUGCAACUCGUAGUCGUUAUUUUACGAAAUAAAAAAUUAUUUCAAAUUACGAAUCUCACCAUAAGAGCAAUAUGGUCUACUUUACUUAAAUAUCCAUAUGUAGAAGCACUUUCACUGUUAUUAGAAUCAAGUGAACCAAAUGAAUUCUCUGAAUUUCUUGAAGAAUUACAUAAUCGAUUGGUAAAAGCUCUUUUAAACGCACACGAAAGUGAUUUAGAAAAUAUUUGUAUUAUAUGGAAUGUUAUAUUAAAAACAAGUAUGUCCAGUGAUCGCAACAGAUUACGCAUAACAGCUAUCAAUAAUUUAAUUCAAACAAUGCAAACUAUAAAUAUAUUAGAAAAAUUUUGGCCAAAUGUAUUGAAGUUAAUUCAAAAUAUCUUUGCUACUAAACAUUUAUAUCUACCUGGUUUUGUGAUUGAUAUGAGCAUAAUUCUUGGUUUAAAGUCAUUAAAAGAAGAUAAAAUACUAAUUUGUAGCGAUACGUUAGCAUUCUGCAGUGUACUUUUAAAAGUGAGAACAAAUUUAAUUAGAGAUAGGAUACCUUCAUUAUUAAUAAUGUAUAGACAAAUAUUAAAUAUUCUUGUAUAUAAAUCCAAAUUUGUUAUUAAUAAAUUUGAAGAGCAGAGAUUUAAAUGUCUUGCAUUAGAUAUUGAAAGAUUUACAAGUUCUUUAAUAAAAUUUAAAAAGGAUAUGAUUCGUAUAAGUCCCUAUUUGGUUGCAUAUUUGUUGAAACUAUUUUCAGAAAUUUCAGUACCAAAUUUUAUUAAGAUUUCUCUGCAAAAUUGUAUAAAUCAAUUAAUUAGUAUAUGUGAUCAACAUGGAAUUUCUUUAUUAUCUCGAACACUACCUGUUUCAAUGCAAGAAGUUUUCAAAACACAAUUAAAUCUAUACAAUAGAUUUUAUAAAUUCGUUGGGAAAAUUUAA